AUGGGGCUCCCGCGCGUCCCUAUCUUCUGGCUGCUGCUCCUGUUCGCGGUUGUCUGCUCGGGGAUCCUCGUCGCCCUGUACUCCUCGGCGGUGGAGUCGUACCUGGGGCCCCUGACCGGAGCCAGGAACAUCACAUCGUCUGGAGCUUUCUUUGGACCCAAGGCAUCGAAUUCUAGGACGAGAAAGAACCUGCCCUGUCGACACCCACUUUAUCUCACCAUUCAACGGCACCCUCACUUCCGGGAUCUGUUUGAUCUCUCCAUUCCAGUGCUGCUGUCAGGGAACCUCUUCACCCAGGAGCUCUGGGACAGCCUGAGCCGGCACAAAGCCCCCUAUGGCUGGCAGGGGCUCUCCAGCCAAGCCAUCGCCUCCACCCUGAGCCUCCUGAAUAGCUCUGAGAGCACCAGGCUGUUUGCUGUCUCCAGGGAGCUGCUUCCGGGCUGCAUACGGUGUGCUGUGGUGGGUAACGGAGGCAUUCUGAAUGGUUCCCGCCAGGGUCAGAACAUCGAUGCCCAUGACUACGUGUUCAGACUCAAUGGUGCUGUGAUCAAAGGCUUUGAGAAUGACGUGGGCACCAAGACCUCCUUCUACGGUUUCACUGUAAACACAAUGAAGAACUCCCUCAUCUCCUACUCAAACCUGGGCUUCACCUCUGUGCCACAGGGACAGGACCUGCGCUAUAUCUUCAUUCCCUCAGACAUCCGUGACUACAUGAUGCUGAGAUCAGCCAUUCUAGGUGUGCCUGUCCCUGAGGGCCCUGAUAAAGGGGACAGGCCUCAGACCUAUUUUGGACCAGAAGCCUCCGCCAGCAAAUUCAAGCUACUCCAUCCAGACUUCAUCAGCUACCUGACAGAGAGGUUUCUGAAAUCCAAGUGGAUUAACACAAAAUUCAGAGACCUAUACAUGCCUAGUACUGGAGCCCUCAUGUUGCUGACAGCACUGCAUACCUGUGACCAGGUUAGUGCCUAUGGAUUCAUCACAAGCAACUACCAGAAAUUUUCUGACCACUAUUUCGAACGAAUAAAGAAGCCACUGAUAUUCUACAUGAACCAUGAUAUGUCCCUGGAAGCCACCCUGUGGAAGGACCUGCACAAGGCUGGCAUCCUUUGGCUGUACCAGCGCUGA